CGAGCGGUGACCCUUUUGAUACUCCACUCCUUGAUCUUCGCGAUCGACGCUCGUCACCCGCUUUCAAGAAGGGCCAUUCGACCCGCUACGUGGCGGUAUUGAUCGCUAUGCCAUCUUCGACCCCACGACCUGCCGCACUCUCCGGUGUCCGCGACUACACAAUGCAGCAAAACGGAUGUUACUUGUUCAAAGUAUGCGAACGAACGGGCACGCACCAUCAUAACCUCAAUUGUCGCUCUCUGCACCUCCCAUUCAUAAGCGAUCAACUGUGAUGGCGGCAUGCCAACAGGGCUCUGCUUCUACGUCGGCCCACCACCUCGUCGACGACAGCCGGCAGCGAUGCCACGCAUCACGUAGCGGCACAAUCCCCAUAUAAGGCGUCCGCAACUACUCGCCCACAGCACCUGAAGAAGCAGCUUUAAACCGCGUGUAAAGAUCCUGUUGAGCACAUCCCACUAUGCGUCUCCUCUCUAUAGCAAGCGCAGCGCUUGUUUUGCAUAGUAUCUCUGCCCAGCAGAUCCUUGAUGUCUGGACGACAACGCAAGAUAAGGGCUCCCUGCUGAAGGGAACACAGCCCUCAACUUCGAUAAACUUUGGCACACCUGGGACAGCUGGCAACGCCGACAUCUCAGUCGACGACUCGAAAGUUUACCAAACCAUCUACGGUUUUGGCGCGACACUGACUGACUCAUCCGCCAAGCUGUUUGAUGGACUGAAGAGCAACAACUCGGAUGAGUACUGGAAGCUUAUGGACUACAUGUUCAAUGUCACCGACGGCGCCAACUCUGGCGCACUGUCCUACAUUCGCGUCUCUAUCGGCGCUUCCGACUUCUCAGAUACCGAGUACAGCUGGGACGACACGAACAAUGAUACCACACUGGCCAAGUUCAGCGCCGAUGCUGCACCGUCAUACUUGUUCUCCACUCUGACAGACAUCUUGUCGAUCAAUAGCAACAUCAUGAUCCACGCUCUCCCCUGGUCUGCCCCUGGAUGGAUGAAGGACCCAGUGGGAAUGAACGGUGGAACAUUGGCAAGCGGGAAUGAAGAUCUCCUCGCAAAUUACCUACUCAAGGCCCUUCAGGCCUUCAAGAGCAAGGAUAUCCCGAUCUUCUCCAUCGCUAUCCAGGCGGGUCCUCUUCAGAUUAACGAGCCCGAAAACGCAGACGGAUCCCUCCCUAGCACCGACAUGCCCUACGACACCGAAGCCACAGUCGGAAAGAGCCUGCGCGGGCUCAUGAACGACAACGGAUUCACUGACGUCAAGCUCAUCGGCUUCGAACACAACUGGAACCACGCGGACGCCUACCCCGUGCAGCUGAUGGAUGCGGCUGCAGACUCCUUCGACGGCGUUUCCUUCCACUGCUACGGCGAUGGCUCGGUGUACCAAGACCAGGCGAACUUCACCUCGAAAUACCCAGACAAGGAAGUCUUCUUCACCGAAUGCAGCGGCACAAUCGGCUCAGACUGGUGGUCCGAUAUCAAAUCAAACACAGACAAAAUCACCAUCGGCAGCCUCGAAUACGGCUCCUCGUCCGCGAUGAUCUGGAACCUGGCCCUGGACAGCAGCGGCGGCCCCAAGCUCCCCGGCGCCGACAGCUGCAACGGAGGCUGCAGAGGCGUCGUCACCAUCAACAGCGACGGCACAUGGACCGCCAACCAAGAAUUCUACGCACUGGGUCAAGCCGCCAAAGCCAUUGUCCCCAAGGACCCUAACGGCCCCUACGGAAAGCGCAUCGGCGUCUCCGUCUCCGGCGGCCAAGAUUGGGCUCUGCGAGUCGGCGCUUACAAGACCGAGCGCGUCUCCUCGUCCGACCCUGCGCGCUACUCCCUCGUCGUCCUCAACUGGAACGACGGCUCGUCCGACGGGACUGUCAACUCCACCAUCGAGUUCAACGGGAAGCAGGCUGCGUACUCUUUCCCUGUCGGCGUCACCACUCUUUCGUGGUAUGCUUGAAGCAUCCACCACCGUCUACACACAUCAGAGAGAGCCAUAUAUUUAUUCGCUAUCAUUAUUACGCUCGGCCCACUGUAACUCAAAGAGUUUUAGACAGUAGACGAUGGGCUAAGCCGAUCGCUCUCUAUCGCAUGCGCCAAGCAUAUGCACG